AUGUACCUGUUCGAAACUGCUACUACUUGAGAAUUGGAACAUAAUCGUAUCGCAGUUGAUAUGAUACUCUCAAAAAUCGCAGAGGAUCUUCAGUCCACAUCGUGCCCUAAUCUUUCCUAUUCAGAUAUCCAAGGCCCAGUGGCUAGUGCAUAUCCCACUGGUUCUCCUUAUGCAGAUCCAUUGCAGACUCCUGGCGUAGCAGCUGCAGCGGCUGCGGCAGCCUGUCUCGCUGCCGCUGCUGCUACUGCCCAGCCACCUCCGCUUCCGCCCCCAGGCACCGCGUUGGUUCAACCCUGCUUCUCUGGAUUUCAACCAUCAGGACUCACUCUGGUUUCCCCCCUUCGGCCCAGUGACGGCUCAUCCUCUUUUCCACCAUCGAUUCUAGAGACUCCUUUUCAGGCGCACUCUUGCUUGCCCGCUGGAAUUCCAGGUGUUGGACCACUACCACUUCCCUGUCGUUCUACGAAUUCCACUCUCACCAAUCUUCCUCCCCUGGCCUCUAUCGUGCCGUUCUCGGCUUCACUGUCUUCCGGACAGGUUGCACCACAAUCUCCUCAAUUGUCGCUACCGAUGUCUAUUUCCAUUUCACAACCUUCAUUAGCCAGCUUUGCGACUUCUCACAGGCCUAGCGAACGCUACCCUAGUGGAGUUCCAAGCCUCUUCCCCAUACUAUAA